AUGUCGGCCGUCCAUACGAUUGUAAGACUAAAGCACUUGGGGACGCUCCAAUUAUCUCUUUGCGCUAUAAUUAAAAUUGCACUUUUUUAUCUUGCAGAGAGCAGUCCAGCGAAAGAAAAACCUGAAGGAAGCGAAACAAAAGAUCCAACAUCUGAUGGAAAUUCAGGAAAUGAAGAACAAAACGAUGAAUCAGCCAAGAAAAGGCAAAACCGCCCAAUAGGUCAGGAAUUGCCAGAUUUUGUGGGUGACGCAGACGAAAAAAAAAAUUAUGUAAUAAAGCUGCUAGACAAUUGCGAUAAACAGAACCAAAUGUACAAGGUAAACGAAAAAGAUAUAGUAAUAAACUUCAAAAGUUGCACCUACACUUGUCAGGGAUUAGGAAUCAAACCACAAGAUAAAGUGGAACGAAUUCCAGAAGGCUUCAUCUGCGACACCAAGAACAUGAAAUGCCCCAAGGAAGGAAACUGUCCAACUCCCCCCCUGCCCAGUUGCUGA